GGCCCAGAUUCACUCAUCCGCCGCCUCCUCCCCGCCAUUAAAUACACUUCACCUUCUUCUUCCUCUCCCAAGCAGAGCACGCGACGCGACGCGACGCGAGCAGAGCACGCGCGCCAAGAUUUUCCGAGAAGCAAAGCCACGCCGUCGCCGGCGGCGAGACCGAUGGACCUCCUCGAGCAGCCGCUCGAGGCCGUCGCGUUCCGCCUCUACUCCCUCCCGGAGGCCGCGGCCCCCGCUGGCGCCGCCGCGUGGACCUGCCUCGCCGCCGUCCUCGCCGCGGCCGCCGCCGCCGCCGCCGGCAUCUGGCGCCUGCGCGCCGCCGCGCCCGUCGUCGCCGCCAUGGGUGGUGCUUCUUCUCGCGAGGAUGGUUUGGAACCGGAGUCGUCUCCUGCGACGGCGGCGUCCGAGCAGGCGAGGUCGUCGUCGGAGAGGCAGCCCGAGCCGGCCUCGUCGCCGUCGCCGAAGGAGACGUACACGGCGUACUUCCACGACAGCUGCUGCGUCGGGUGCUGCGACAUGGACGACGACGACGACGACGGCGAGGAGGUGCUCGAAGAGGAGGAGGACGACGACGACGAGCCGUCGGAGACGACGCCGUUCGAGUGGGAAAUUGUUAGGUCUCUGCCUCUCAGCCCGACGGCGGCGGCGGAGGUUCGCCGGUACAGGGACUCGGCGCCGCUCGGCGGAAGCGUCGUUCGGCUGUGGAAUCACGUCGCCGGCGGGGGCGUAACGGCGGCGAGCCCGAGGCGGAGGGGACUAGCCGGCGGCGUUGUCUCGGCCUUCUGAGCAUCCAAAGGAGUAAUAAAAAUCAAAAUUUUAUUUAUCGGCUGUUGUAAAAGUUUGUAGCUUUAAAAUGUUCAGCAUUGUACAUAUGGCUCCUCCCUUUUAAUUUGCGCAAAUUUUGCAGAUUCACGGCUGCAAAUUCGGCACAAAUUCAGCUCAA